AUGUGUGUGAAAAUGUCGGUAUUGAAGUUGCUGUCCAACAAACAGUUCAUCACCAGAGACCACCGGAAAGAGUGCUCCGACGUUGACGUCGUAGAGUACGUUGGCGACCCGCGCGAUUUCGGGAUGGUCGACCUCGACUCCCGCAGCUGGGGCCAUUCGUCCGUCGUCGGCCCUUCCCCCGAGGCGAAGUUCGAGGCGCUGGAGGUGUUCGGCGUCACGAUCGGCGGCGAGCAAUUGAAGGAGCUGGUGGAGGACUUGAAGGUCGGCUGUAGUAAGGACGGCAGGGCAUCGCUUUGUCUGGCGGUCAACCGUCAGGGUCUUUGUUUCGUGGCUGUGAAUACGGUGAAAGGACUCAGGGGGUUGAGAGUCAACGACCACUUCGGCUGGUCCAAGUACGGGGUGGUGCCAGAAAUCGGUAGCGACGACGUGUGGAGCGUAUGUGACAUGGGAAACGGCGGCGUUUUGAUGGGGCCUCCGACCUUGGACGGAAGCAGCGGUAAAGAUGGUGAAGAUGGCAAGUUUUGUGGUGUGUGGAAGAAGGUGGUGGAGGAGAAGGAGAAGGUGAUGGAGAAGACGGAGGCGCUGCUGAGGAAGUCGAUUGAAGAGAAGGAACAGGAGGCGGCUUCUCUCAAGGCUGCCCUAAACGCCCUUACUAUUGUUCCACUAACCGACUCCACCGCGUUGUUAAACCCACCGACGACGGCGACGGCAGAUUCCUUGAAAUGGCAUCAUCAAUUGCAGUACAAUUUCCAUCAGCAGCGACAGGAGGAGGGUUCCUUCGGCGGCAAUUACAUGGGCUGCGUUUUGAACAGGUUUCACGGCGGCGGCGGCGAGGAUGGUGGGUUAGGGGAAGUGGUGGAGAUGAGCCGGAGCCCUUCUUCUUCCGUUAAAUUGAAACCCGACCCGGGUUUCUGCUGGCCCAAUUUGGUUCCGAUUGGGAAUCAUGUGAAAAGUUCGCUAACGGCAACCGAGUCGUCCUCGCCGCCAGUGAUGGAGACGCCGACUACGGUGGAGAUAAUAUCCACCUCAGGUAACAUAAGAACAAAAAUAAUGUCGGUCUUUAGCUUGACGUCCGACUACCAGUUCAUCCGAGCAAAAGAAGGCUCCCCGGUAAUUUCAGUCUACACGUUCCUCGACGACCUGAAAGAUUUCGGCUUCAUAUUCCGGCGGAGUAGCAAGCAGCAGCCCAGGCUGUCCACUUCGACCCGCGUGGGACCCACCGCGCCCAAGUUCAAGGAGCUGGAGGUGCUCGGGGUGACCAUCGGCGGCGACCGACUGAAGGAGCUGAUCGGAGAUCUCAUCUUACCGAAAGAAAGCCACUAUCUGAUGGUCAACCGUCAGGGUCUCUGUCUCCUGCACGCCGGCGGUCCCUCCAUCGCCUGGCUGAGGCUCAACGAUCGGUUCGGUUGGUCCAAGUACGGGGUCAGACCGGCAAUCGAAACCGGUACGAUAUGGAGCGUGUGGGACAUGAGCAGCGGCGCCGUUUUGGUGGCGCCUCCACUAGGCCGCCGCGGCGGCGAGGACACGUGGGAGAAGGUGGUGGAGGAGAAGGAGAAGGAGAUGGAGGAGAAGGAAUCCUUGCUGAGGAAGACGCUUGAAGAGAAGGAGAAGGAGGUUGUUUCUCUCAGGGCUGCCUUGAAUGCACUCACCACCACCCAAAAUUGA